ACGGGUUCUGGCUCCCCCUGGCGUCAGACUCUUCUGGUGGGGCGGGUCAGUCCGUGCCCGGCGGGGUCUGUCCUCUUCCCGUUGUGGGACGGGCGUCGCAGCCGCGCUGAUGCGCUGAACAAGCGUGUGCUGAGCCCCGCACUACCUGCCGGGCCCGAUGUUGGGCAUUAAGGGGUGGGCGUGGGAGGGACGGGUAAUGGAGGGCAGGCCCUUAAAGCCUCUGGGCGCUCUUAGUCUAACGGCAGCAAACUCAAAAGAACACACCACCGCCUACUCGUCCAUUUGAUGCUUUGUCCAGCUGGAAGAAUCUUGAAAGUGCAGAGGAAAUCCUUCCUUCAUACCCCACAACAUUUAUCUCAUACCAGCCAAACUGAGGUUUAUGGAAAGGUUGACUUGCUCAGGAUUACACAGAGUGGUGGGGUCAUGAUUUGAACCCAGGCUCCUUAUUUUGCCCUGUCUUUAGUGCCAUGAUCAUAACUGCUUUUUACUAGAGAUCAGCCAUCAAAAUGCUAUGGGGUUUAGACCAACAAAGCUAACUACAAAGGCAGUGUGAUACUGAUGCAGGGAUAAGCAAACUAAUUAAGCAGAACAGAGAGACCAAAAUGAGAACCACACAUAUAUAGACACUUGCUUUAUGACAAAGAGGUACAACAGAGAAGCAAGGAAAGGAUAAUACUUUCAAUAAAUAGUUCUGAUAAAUAAAUAAAGGGUUUUGGGUCAGUUGUAUAUCCUUAUAGGAAAAAAUGAAACUUGACUCCAACUUCACACCAUAUACCAAAAUAAAUUCUAUGUGCAUUAUUGCUCUACAUGAGAAAAAUAAAGUAAUACAACUUUAGAGCAGCUCUUGUCCAAUGCCAUUGCCAUGCAAGUGAUUACUAAAUACCUAAAUGUGGCUAGUCAGAAUUGAGACAUUCUGUAAAAGAUAAGAUUGAUACAGUGAACCACAUUAAAAUUAGCUACCACCUCUGAUCACUAAAAGACACAAUUAAGAGAACCAAGAAGACAACCUACAGAUUGAGAGAAACCAACAAAGAGCUUGUGUCCAGGAUACAUAAAGAACUCUACCAAUAAGAAAAGACGGACUAAACAGCCAAAUAGAAGAAUGGGCAGAGGAUUUGAACACAAAGAUAAUACCACAAAAGAGCAUACCUAAAUGGCAAACACAUGUAAAAGAGUGUUCAACUUCACUAAUGAUUAGUUGUUUGGGAAAGGACUACUGAGAUCUUAUACAGGUUCCAAAAUUGCUUCAAUGGAAAAGACUAGUGACACUAAGUCCUUGCCCUUUUGUAGGACUAAGAAAUUCUUCUAAUUGAUAGUUAGGAUGUUAACUCCAAUCAGAGUGCAGCUUUGCUGGUUGUUCCCGCCUUCCACGCCUAAAUGAGCCAAUCAGAGCGUCCGGAGGGCGUCGCGGUCUCUCCCUGCCUGGGGACCCCGACAAUGGAGCUUGCCCUUCUCUCCGCCCUUGCAGCUAGCUUGUUCUCGCCUCGCAUCCCAGCUUCUCGGAGGUGGAAGGAGGGUCCUCCUCCUUCCUUGUCUCAGCCCGGCGGAUCUUGGCAUCGCGGAGGUUGAGCGACGAAAGCCGGAAGUGUGCGCCGCGGCGGCGGGUCCCCACGAACUGACACCGGAAGUAGCCGUGCUGCGGGAUCCCGCCUGCUGCGCUAUGGCGGCGAUCCCCCCAGACUCCUGGCAGCCGCCCAACGUGUACUUGGAGACCAGCAUGGGGAUCAUUGUGCUGGAGUUAUACUGGAAGCAUGCUCCGAAGACCUGUAAGAAUUUUGCUGAGUUGGCACGUCGAGGUUACUACAAUGGCACCAAAUUCCACAGGAUCAUCAAAGACUUCAUGAUCCAGGGAGGUGACCCAACAGGGACAGGUCGAGGUGGUGCAUCUAUCUAUGGUAAGCAGUUCGAAGAUGAACUUCAUCCAGACUUGAAAUUCACGGGGGCUGGAAUCCUCGCCAUGGCCAAUGCAGGGCCAGACACCAACGGCAGCCAGUUUUUUGUGACCCUAGCGCCCACCCAGUGGCUUGACGGCAAGCACACCAUUUUCGGCCGCGUGUGCCAGGGUAUAGGAAUGGUGAAUCGAGUAGGAAUGGUGGAAACCAACUCUCAGGACCGCCCUGUGGACGAUGUGAAGAUCAUUAAGGCAUACCCUUCUGGGUAGGCUUGCUGCUGUCUUGGGCACACCCAGAUCUUCUGAGAUGGCCCAGUGAACUAGCUUCCAGAUGACCUAGAAAGACACGUACUUAAACUUCAUUUUGGCAUUGCAAAUCACAGAGCUAAAGAGACCUGGGGUCUUAAGUGAGUUAGAGAUGGAAGUAUAUUUUAGGAGGAUGCUUCUUUUCUCUUCCCGUGGUGCCUAGGUUGACAGAGCAUUUGCAGACAUGCUCAUAAAUGAUCAUUCACAGGGAACCGCUCAUUGCAAAUGAGCAUACUGCUCCUCCUUGCGUGUGUCUGUUCUAAUACACUUGGAACAAAAUGAAGCCGACUCUGUCAUUUCAUAGUGCCUAACCAAACUUCUUUUCUGCAGAGAUUUAUAUUCUACACUGCAGUCUUCAGUGGCUGACGGCCACAGAAUUCAAAACCAAGUAGUGUCUAUCAGCCUUCUUAACUCUCUGCACACCCUAUUUCAGUCUCCUAUAUUUGUUCUUCCAAGGAACGUAUCCAUCUCUAUAUAUAUUUUCCCUCUCAAAACCAGAACAUCAACACUGCUGUUUCUGACACUUAGACAUCCCACGCAAAGCCACAUUGAAUUUUUGCCAAAUGAAAAAUGCAUCCAACAAUCAAGUUUCUAAGAAGGUGUCAAGUGGGGAAUGAUAAUGUGUAAUAAUCGAGAAAGGAGUUUAUUAAAAGGAAGAAGAAGCAUUGACCAUUUUUUCCCCAGAAAGGAGCAGAAAUCUGUAGUGAGCAUAAGGACAGACUAUGAACUCUCCUUAAAAAGCAGUAUUGUCAUAAAGGAGAGGCACCACUUAAGUUUUUUUUAACCUAAGUCUAGAGAAACUAGAUGAGAGAUUUUAUAUGUUAAGUUUUUUAAGUGUUUCUGAUCUUUUUUUUGGGGGGGG